AUGCUCGGCAGUGUCCUGUUCAUCUUCUGGCGGCUGGUGGAAAUCACCUUUUUGAUUCCCAUCGUCGGCAUGCUGGCAUACUUUGUCCAUGGCUUCCUCGACAACAACCAGCUCACCCCGCCGUACAUCCUGGUACUCUUCAUCGUCAGCACCAUCGCCGUCUUCUGGUGCGCCGACACCGUGAUCCGCUUCGGCAGCACCAAGCGCUCUGGAGGCUUCGUCGCGCUGAUGGACCUGUGCUUCUUUGGCGCAUUCAUCGCCGCCGUGUACCAGCUACGCUUCAUCGCCGAUGCCGACUGCAGCAGCUGGGACGUGGACAGCGUGACGGUCUCGCUGGGUCCCUUUGGGUCGAUAGACUACAACGGCAGACGCCUCGAUGUGAACAAGACGUGUGCGAUGCUCAAGGCUUCGUUUGCCAUUGGCAUUAUGCAGAUUCUGUUCUUCUUCCUUACCGCCAUCUUUGCCGUGUUCAUUUUCCAUCAUCAUCGUGGCGAUACGGUUGUCAAGGAGACGGUGGUGCGUCGACGCAGCCAUAGCAGUCGUCGUGGCCAUCACCACAGCGGUCGUCGCAGCUCGUCGAGUCGGCGACACUAUGUGGUUUGA